GCGCACCCACUGUGACGUCCAGGAAGCGACGGUUCAAUCACGACAUAGAAAGAGCAACCAAACAUUUGGAGUCGGAGAGGGGAUCGGACAGCGUCUCGUGUGUUUGUCUCACUGGAAGCAGAAGCGCUGGCUGUUGGGCUAAGCUAAAGUUUCAGGCUCCGACCACAGUUCUACCACCGCUGUGCUUCAGCGCAGGGAUGGCGCCUCGUUUGGAUGACGUCAUGUGCCUGUGCAGUGAAAUCGCGUCCCAUGACCAGAUCAAAGUGGCGGUGAAAAGCUCCGCCAAAGGAGCUGCGGUGGCCGGGGGUACGGCGUUCGUCGGUGGACUGCUCGGUGGACCCGCAGGGAUUUGUGUCGGCGGAGCGGUGGGGGGUCUGCUGGGCAGCUGGCUAACCAGCGGUCAGUUCAAGCCUCUGCCUCAGAUCCUGAUGGAGCUGCCGCCCAAUCAGAGGGAGCAACUCUACCGGAACAUCAAGAGUAUUCUGGGCAGCUUGGACUGGACGGAUGCGGCCCAGCUCAUCGCCCUGGUGAUGGGCAACCCCCAGCUGCAGCGGGAGGUCACUGCUGCCUUGAUCAACUACGUCUCAAAGAACCUCGGAGCGAAGGUGCAGUACGGGGACUGAGCUCAACACUGGCUCAACACGGACCUCAGGCAUUCCUGGUGGCAGAUGCUGGUGUUGUCAGGGAGACACUGGGAGCAAUGGCUGCCUCAGUCUGUUGGUGCUGUAGGGUCUGUGCAAGCUGCAUUCCUAAUGUUUUACAUCUUGUUGAUUUAAUCCCACACUCCUUAUUUCAAACUAUGCUGCCUUUUGUUUAUUUGAAGUGUCAGUAAAAGGUCACCUUUAUUUAAAAAAAAAAAAAA